GAAAGUUGUUCGAUCAGAAGCAAACUAAGCGCAUAAACAAUCAACUCAUGCAGUACCACUGCUUCGACGCACUGAUUAUGCGAGAUGAUACAGUAGCGGUAGUAAAUUGGUGGAAGCGCGUGUUAUAACACAACUAGCGUUUAAUAAUUUCAUUUUGUGACAGCAGAACACGUUUCAGUACCUAACUGAUUUGAAAGAGAGCAGUACCGUUAGCUGGCUAACGUUAGCAGCCAUGGCGGAGGUCCCAGGUACUUCUAACGUUAGUGAAACGAUAACGGAGACGGUCCAGACCAACACACCGCCACCGCCCCAGCAGGAGGGUCGAAGUCUGACCAUAAAACUCAGGAAGCGGAAAACUGAGAAGAAGGUGGAGUGGUCCAGCGACACGGUUGACAACGAACAUCUGGGCAGGAGAUCAUCAAAAUGUUGCUGUAUAUAUGAGAAGCCACGUCAAUUUGGCGAGUCGUCCACAGAGAGUGAAGGGGAGGACGAAGAUGGGUGCGGGAGUGCACAUUGCAUCAUGGGCCAUGGGAGCCGGCACAGAGAGGGUGGAGGAGGCGGCGGUGGUGGUGGUACAGCUCCCCCUAGCUCUGGAGGUCCACACACCCACUGAUGCAUGUCAGUGUAGCUGGUGGCCGGCUGGUGGGGGUUUGCAGUCUGUGACCGUCAUAAAGAUAGCUCUACUCACCCCUCAUUGCACUCAGUCACUGCAUUCCCUGGAGAGAAAAUGAGAAUCACACACAGACACAGGCUCUGAUGCAAGAGAACCAAACCGUUUUCACAAUCACAAUGCUUCGGAUGUGUGUGGCAGGAGAGUAAGGGUGGGGUGAGGUUAAAUAAUUGUACAUAUAGGUCAGUUUUGCCUCUUUUUACAUAGUUGAUUUCCCGUAUUAUUUAUUUAUCUGUCUUAAUAUUAGCUUUAAGUAGAGUGAAUUUUAGUAAUUUCAUUAGAUGGCGCCCUCAGUGGGAAUGUCUCCAUGCCGAGCAUCUUGUGCUUCAAGAGGUUUGGAUUGUUUUGGCCUCCUGGCCAAGUGCCGUUGGCACUGUCCCUGUGGUGAUGUUCAUCUUAUCACUUUACAAUUUAAUAUGACUGAGAACGUUGAGUUCUUUUGCACACCUCCUUGGGACGGGUGUGUCAGAGAAAGCCCACAGGGUCAUCAACAUAAAAAAAGUAGCAAGCUUCCACACACUGUCCUCAUUUGCAAUUGUAACUUUAAUUUGCAAUGUUUAUCAUCAUCAGGCAAACAUUGCAAAUUAAAGUUACAAUUGCAAAUGAAGACAGUGUGCGGGAGCUUGCAAGUUUUUUUUUUACAAUUUAACAUGACCAAAUUAGACACUUUAAAUACUGAAAAAAAAGAAAAACCCAUUAAUAUUACUACUCUAUAACAUAACAAGCAACUCGAGACCAUGAAGAGUUGACCACAUUUGUGAAUUCCCUAACAGCUUUGCAUGGACACAAGCCCUGGCAACUUGCUGCAGACUCCACAUAGUUCUGACAAUCUGUGUGCUUGAUACGAGUGUGACCUAGCUUAUGGCUUAGUGUGUUAAAGGUGCACACUGCACCUGCUGUGAGUAUAUAAACGUUUGAUUCCUAAAGCACUCAUCUGUAAUCUGAUGAGGCUUCACCCAUGGAAGCAGAGAAGAGCCUGAGCAGCUGGCAUUAAUAUAUCGGCCCGUUAAACAGUGCUGAUCUUAACACAUUUAGAUUCCUUUCAACUUUUAAUUGUGAGACAAAAUCUAUAUAAAUAAUUCAGUGAUCAAACAUGAGACUUGGCUCUCGUGGGCAGACCUCCCUAUACUCUUGUCUUAGCUCUCACACAUGAACACAAAUCUCAGCAUCUCACACACCACUGCUUUUAAAAACAAAAGGCUUCUGACAGGGUAGUCUUCAGAUUGGUCUCUCAGACGGAACCAGAGUUCAUCCUAAGAACAUCACAUGACAUUUGAAACUUCCAGUCCCAGAGCACUGCUAAGCUGAGUUAAGGGCCAAUUAAUAUGCUACAUGCAUGUAGUUCAGGGUGUGGCCCUGCCCUGCACCAGACAGCCUGGGUGUGAGAGUCAGUGUGUGUGUAUGAGGGUGGGUGCAUGGCUAAUCGCUGUCUGAAAUGGCGUGUUUGUGAUUCAUGUCUCCUGCCCAGCUUCGGCUGGACUCUGCCACCUGGUCAUCAGUGUUCCACAUCUGACUGCUUAGCCUCACACCACAGGAAUCUCCUACCAGUAUAUGCCACCAUUUUCUACAAUAAAACCUGCAGUAUGUAUGUACUCUGAUGUUACUUAACAGAUGAUGCACAUGUGUGUAUAUAAUGAAAACAUAACAGAUUUAAUGUGAAUAAAGAGGUUUGACCUGCGAUUGUAA